AUGUCAACACAGCGUACUCCACCAAAUACAUUAAAUUUAUCUGCUAAUAAAACCCGAAUACAGCUACACGGAUCGGAUCCUCAUCUUAAUAUUCAUAUGGAAAGUGAUAAUGAAUGUAGCACUUUGACGAGAAGACAAAAAAGAAAGAUUCCUGAGCCGAGUGAAGAAUCGUCGUUAAUGCAGGAAUUGCGCCGUAUGUUUAAUGAUUUUAAUAAACAACAGAACCAAAAGAUUGAAACUUUAAUCACAUCAAUUAAUGAGAUCAAGCAGCAAAACGUCGAAAUUCGUGAGUCCAUUUCAUUCCUAUCUGCAAAGUAUGACGAUGUUUUAAAGGAAUUAGAACAUAUCAAAGAAGAAAAUAGUUUGAAAACCUGUCUCAUAAACUCUCUUGAGCAGAAAAUUGAACUUUUGGAACAAUUACUAGAGAUAUCAGCAGAAUCUUCUAGUGACGAAGGGGAGUUUGUUGCUUCUGAUAAUGAACAUGGUUAUAUUCCUUUAGUUGAAGAGGGUAGAUUGGAAAUUUUGGAUGUUGAGCCAGAAUCUGAAGUCGAAAAUGAGAUUGAUUCUUAUGAUUUCGAUGCGAGUUUUGAAGGGGAAUCGCUUGAAAAUAUUCUUAUCGUAAAAGAUGGAAUGCGGUGGCAGUCUGAACCACUUCCCAGAACACAAACUAGUAGCAGAAAUAUUAUUCAUCAACGGGGCGGGGCUGGAUUAUUCAGCAAACUUUACAAUCAAAUGGAAAUAUUCAAAAAUAUAUUGUCCAAUGAAAUGCGUGACUUAAUCUUGAGGGAAACUAAUCGGAAAGGGACAAAGAUUACUGAAGCAUACAAUAAUAAACGGGUGGAAAAUUACUCUGAUAUUAAUAAGCGACCGAAACAAAAAAUAUUCAAACCAUUCACAAAACAAGAAUUGGAUGCAUUUUUUGUUAUUCUAAUUUUUAGUGGGGUGCAUAGAUCUAAUAAAGGCAUUUGA